AUGAAGUUUUAUUCUGCCUUUUCUCUUCUUUCAUUAGCAGUUUCUGCGUUAGCAAACCAUGUCAUCAUUGCAGAUGAAUCUAACUUUGAUGACAUUGUUCUAAAUUCAGACAAGACGUCUUUUGUCAAAUUUUAUGCAGAUUGGUGCUCUCAUUGUAAGAAGAUGGUACCUGAAUGGGAAAGGCUGUCGGACUCGUACGCCGAUGACGAAAACAUCCAAAUUGUCGAAAUUGAUGCGGAUAAAUCUAAAAGCAUCCGUAAGAGGUAUAACAUUGCAUCUUACCCUACAUUGAAACUCUUCCGUGCCGACGCGUUAUCAGAUCCAAUUGACUAUGAAGGUCAAAGAGAAUUUGAAUAUUUCUCUAAUUUCUUACUUAACCAAGUUGGUGCAAAGGGUAAGAAAGUUGGUCCUCCUUCAAAAGUUGUCCAAUUACAUGAUGGUAAUAUCGAGAAGUUAAUUGAAAACAAAGAAAGGUACGCAUUGAUUUUGUUCACUAAGGAGAAGGAUUGUGAUGAAUGCAUCGGACUCAGGAAGGCGUUUGAUGAUGUAUCCCAUGCUUUCCAUAAGGAUUUAGAGAAGAUCAUCAUCGGUGAAGUGAAAAAGAACGGCGAUGAACCAACAGACUGGACUAGGGAAGUCUACGGCAUUACUGAGUAUCCAGCCAUUGUAUUUGUUGAAAAAGGCGACAUCAACAAGUAUGAAGUUUAUACAGGAGAAGAUUCAGCUUCCGCUUUGGUCAAGUUUGUUAACAAAAGUGUUGGUACCAAGAGAGCCAUCAAUGGGUUAUUGGAUACACAAGCAGGUAUCAUUCCAGAGAUGCAAGAAGCGUUGAAAGAAUUCAUUGGUUCGAAUAUUGUUGACAGGAGGGAAUACGUGUCCACCUUUAUUGAUGAACUAAGAAAAGUUGAUGAUUCAGUUUUCAAAAAUGAAGUGAAAUACUAUGCAAUGAUUGUCAAUCAAUUUAUUGCUGGAAACAAGGAAUUUGUGGACUCCGAACUGGCAAAAUACAACGAACAACUUCAGAACAAAGUCUUAGAUAACGCACAAAAGGACCUGGUCAAUAUGAAGGUGAAUUUGCUGAACCAAAUUAAGGAAUUUGUCACUCCAGAUACUUACAGAGAUGCUAAGGAUAUUAUGGAACAAAGGGAAAAAGCAAAGGGUGAAAUUUCUAAAGAUGAAUUAUAG